UAUUCCGCUCGACUCAAAACUCGAUCAUCGCCACUGGGCUGACCCAGUCCGCCUUUUCCCAUGAGGAUAGCCGCUCUCGCUACGGCGGCUCCAUUCUUUUUCGGCCGUCGCGCGCCGUCCACCAAUCAGCGCUCUCGCUGCCGGGCGUGGACCAAUGAGCGGUGAGCGGGCCGUCGGGUCCGGCUGCCGGCCCGUGGGCCGACUGGUGGUCGCUGGUCACUCGACGGUUUAGGACGGCUGUGGGCGUUGGUGGCGGCGGCGUGGACUCUGUGACAUCUGAGGUACGGAGGGCCCUCUGAAACCACGGAGCUGGACAGUCGGGAGAGGACCGCCGUCCAGCGGUGGACAGUGCGAGGUGGACUUUGGUGGACGGUGGACGCAGUGCGGGACAGUGGACGAGGAUUGUGGAGUGGAAACACGGGAGUGACGUGGGAAGGUGACAUUUUGUGACGACGAACUGGAGCUUUAACCAUGGAUUAUCAUAUCAAAGUCGAGGGAGGAGGCAUGGUGGCCAGCACCGACAUCGGCUUCCAGGAGACCUGGAACAGGUCACCGUGCAAUACCGGCAAUGGAGAGAGCAUUGGCUACAAGUCGACAAAGGGUGCCAGCAAGUUGAGGCGCGACCUCAUCAACAGCGAGGUGGCGAUCCUGCGUGACCUGUUGCCACUGCCGGCCACCACCCGACAGCGCAUGUCGCAGCUGCAGCUGAUGGCGCUGGUGUGCGUGUACGUGCGGAAGGCCAACUACUUCCAGCAGGUGUUCAAGAACAUCGAACAAGAGCCGAACCAGCCUCCUCCGCUGGGUUUUUCUAAGGCAAUGAAUGGAUUCAUGAUGCUAACAACGCAAACGGGGAAGCUGCUAUACAUAUCAGACAACGCUGCCGAAUACCUGGGACACUCAAUGUGUCGAGGAUUUCACAACUCAUCGGAGUUCGUCCGGCCAACGAACGCUCCAUUCAACCUCGGGGCGUCACAAAUUACCCGGUGA